GGGUUUCGAACAGAGCGGGGCUGUUCCGCAACCAUCCGAGCAGCCUUUGGAAGCAGCAGAUUCGCAGCUGAUCCAGAGGCGAGCAGAGUACGUGAAGCUCGUUGAGCAGUCCUUUUUCGAUCUAAGAGAAGGAACCAAGUACUAUGGCAUACCGAAAGAGUGGCUCAAUGCUUUUCUGAAAGGAGCACCACAGGAGGCCGCUGCUCUGGGUCCUAUUAAUACAAGCAGCAUUCUGGAUCAUACGGAGCUUUGCAUCAAUCCGGCCACUAAUCCGGAGUUUGUUGCAGAGCAAGUCUUUGCGAAACUUGUCGAGUGGUACGGCGUGGAUGGUCCCUUUGUGGAGCGGCAAUUAUUUAUGGACAAGAAAGACGGGCAGCUCAAACUCGAAACGUAUCCGUUGUAUAUAAUUCCGCAUCUGCUUUGCAAUAAUCCCGAAACCAUUAACAGAUACAGAUUGGCCGGCGCAAGGCCAUUUUUGAUAUCUGCUCUGAGUACUGCCAGAGACCUCAAGCUAGCAGUGAAAAAACAGUUCGAGAUUGGGAAGGGCACCACCAGAAUAUGGAGAAUCACGCCGGCAACCAGAUUGCCUGUGAUCCUCACUCCUCAGGACCUGUCAAACAUCACUUCCAAGACGCUAAUCCCAGCAGGAAAGAAAUCUGGCUCCAUAAAACUGGAGGACCUUAAUAUCAGUGAGCACAACAUUCUUAUCGAGAUACAACAGGAGGAUGGAACAUAUCCAAUGGACACAUCCUCGACGGUUACCCUUGGAUCGGGAUUAGUGGGACUCAAUAAUCUGGGAAACUCUUGCUACAUGAAUUCUGCUCUUCAGUGUUUGGUUCAUAUCCCGGAGCUCACCAAUUAUUUUUUGUAUGAUUAUUACGAAAAGGAAAUUAACAGAGAUAACCCCCUGGGAAACGAUGGGAAAGUGGCGUCUGCCUACGCAGGCCUGGUAAAGCAUUUAUUUGACAAACGCUUCGCGGGAACUUCAAGCUCAUUUUCACCAAGAGACUUCAAAUAUACAAUCGGAUACUAUAACUCAAUGUUUGCAGAUUAUCACCAACAGGACUCACAGGAACUGAUAGCUUUUCUUUUGGACGGACUGCACGAGGACCUCAAUAGAAUUUUGAAGAAACCGUAUGUUGAAAAACCAGAGCUCCCGGACGAGAAAGUUAACGAUUUGGAUGAAGUGCGGAAAUUGGCACAGAAGUGCUGGGACAGCCACAAGCUGCGAAAUAACUCCGUCGUUAUCGACUUGUUUGUGGGGCUAUACAAGUCGACUCUAGUGUGUCCAUCUUGCGGCAAGAUCAGUAUCACAUUCGAUCCUUACAAUGAUCUCACUCUACCAUUGCCGGUUCAUAAGAAAUGGAUUGGCAAAGUCAAUGUGUUGUUGGAAGAAGGGUAUCCAAAAAGUCUAGAAGUGGAGCUUCCUAAGUCUGCUACAUUUGCUGACCUCAAAGUGUACGUUGCGGAUAAAGUGAAAGUGCCUAUCGAUGAGCUGCUUGCCAUUGAGGUGUUCCAGUCGCAAGUGUAUAAAAAUUUCGAGGCCAAGGAUUCAGACACACGCUACCUGCCCAUUUCUGAUCUAAUCGGCCAGAACGACGAGAUAUGGUUCCACCAGAUCAAACAUAGGCCAGGAGACUUGGUUGUUCCUGUUUUUAAUACUCUCUCAGACUCAAGAAACACCAAGCCUUUUGGCAUACCAUUCUUCAUCACGCUCACAAAGGACGAAUGUUAUUCGUUCGGCAAAAUAAGAAGAAAACUGGAACAACGUUACAGCCAGCUUUCGACAUUCGACUUCUUUGCGUCAAGGCAGCAUUUGCAGCAUCAGGCUACAGAAUUUUCUGGGAUUGAGGACGGCAACGAUGAUGAUGUUUCUUUGGCGGAUCCUGAGAUUCCUGGAAAUUAUGCUUUUAGCGUGAAGGUGUUCGAUUCGUCUCACGAGCUCAAAAUUUCGAACAGAUACGGUAGAGGUCUUUACGGAUACUCUAGGUAUUCUCAGGAGGACGAGGAAGACGAUUCAUUAUGGAUUCCUCGCACGCAUAAUAAUUUUAAAGGCCUGCCUGACCUGCUGGAGAGAGUGGAAGGAAAAAAGCGGAGAUUUUACCUAUAUGGAGCCAAGUCUACCGAGACAGUUACUAGUGAGGACUCUGAUCCGGGACUUCCUGGUGAUGGCCCCGAUGAAACAAAUAUGAUGGAUAGCGACCCAAGUGAACAUAGCUUGGCUCCAUUGACAGAGGAGACCAACGGAAUGCAAGUCGAGGACGACGAAAAAGAGGAGCAGCAGGAUUCAGACCCUGAGCCGGAGAGCGUUGCAAGACCUCUGAUUUUCGAAAAGAUUGCGCUUGUCUGUGAGUGGGAGCCUGAAUUUUUUGAUACCUUUUUCACAGGCAUUGAGGAGGACGGACUGGGAGGCAGAGAAACAUGGUCAAACCCAGAGAUAUUGGAAAAUGCUGAGGUGGAGGAAAACAAGCGACUUAUGGCCGAAAGCAGGCGCAAGAACAUAUCUUUGGACAAUUGCAUGGAGAUGUUCUCGACUCCAGAAGUUUUAGGAGAGAACGAUUUGUGGUAUUGUCCAAACUGCAAAGAGCAUAGGCAGGCAACCAAAAAAAUCGAGAUCUGGUCUGUUCCAGACAUACUUACUAUCCAUUUGAAGCGAUUUGAGAACACCAAGAGCUUUAGCGACAAGAUCGACGCUGUUGUGGAUUUCCCCAUAGAGGGCCUGGAUAUGUCCAAAUAUGUUGUCAACUCCAAUGGAGAGGAGAUGAUUUAUGACCUUUUUGCCGUGGAUAACCAUUUUGGUGGACUUGGUGGUGGACACUACACAGCGUAUGCUAAGAACUUUGUUGAUGGAAAGUGGUACUAUUUUGACGACUCGCGAGUGUCUGUCGUGGACCCCACAGAGUCCAUUCGGGGCUCUGCCUAUCUGCUGUUCUAUCGAAAGAGAAGUAGCGAGCCGCUGGGAGGGGAGUUCUUCCGCCGUAUGAUGGGAGAGAUUAGGCAGAGAAAUGCAGAGAACCACAAACGACUGCAGGAGUCUUUGAAGCUGGACGCUCUGAGAGCAGACAGCAUAGAUGAGUCUCCGACACCGAUGGAGUCCUUGAACACUACAGAGAGUGGGACCAGUGCUACAACCACUACAGAUGUUGCUUCUGAUGAGAACGAGCAAGGCUGCCAUGAACUAAAAAGCGAGCGAAGCGAUGAGACUGAGUCGUUAGUCUCGGAUAAUCUUAUCAAGCGUCGCAAAAAGAUGCUAGGUGAUGGCCACGUCGAUUCUACUAUCGGCUCUCCGGCUAGCGACGUUGACGACAACGUGUCCACGUUCAGUGGAAACGCCAUUGCCCCUGCCGAUAUCAAUGAU